AGACCUCCACCUCGUUGCGUUCUCUCCUCUCUUUGACUACACCAUUUCUCCUCUCAGUCCUGACAUAAGCGCGCUGGUCUCUAACAUCCUCAUCGCAUAGCAGGUUUUGUUCGUGCGCCUAAGAUUCUUGGACUUUUCCUACUUUAAGAAGAUGGGUGAUCAUAUCAAGCUAAGACCUGAAGACCUUGCUCAUAUCCGGGAUUGGGUUCAGAAACAAUCCCACCUUCCUACAGGAAUUCCAGAUGACCAACUAAAACUAUUCAUGCACAGCUGUUACUAUAAGCUUGAGAACACUAAAAGGGCAAUAGAGACCUACUACACCAUGAAGAGUAGUGUUCCUGAAUUCUUCGAUAACAGAUCCUUAGGCUGUCCUGGCAUCAAACACAUCCUUAAUGUUUGCCGGAUGUGUAUGUUGCCAAAGACCACUCAACGAGGAUACUACGUUUUGUUUGCAAAGCUCCACAUAACAGAGCCAGCCCAGUUCCAUCUUGACGAUGCUAUCAAGCUGCUGUUCAUGGUGAUAGAUACUCACCUCCGUUCUCACAGUACUGCCUCUGGGAUGGUCUUCCUCUUCGACAUGCAAGGAGUCACCCUCAGUCAUCUAACUAGGAUAAACCUAUCCUCUGUCAGGAAGUACUUUGUCUAUGUACAGGAAGCAAUGCCAGUUCGUCUCAAGUCAAUUCAUAUUAUCAACGUAAACCCCGUGAUGACACACAUAAUGUCAAUAAUAAGGCCAUUCAUUCACAAACAGCACUUUCAAUAUAUCCACCUGCACAGCCCUGAAGAAGUAAAGGACCUUUAUGAGUUUGUGCCAAGAGAAAUCCUUCCGAAGGAUUAUCAAGGAGAAGAAGCUUCUUUGGAGACCCUAACAAAAAAAAAACAACAGAGGAGAUCCGUACGAAUGCAGACUGGUUCAAACAAGACGAGAAAUUAAGGAAUGAUGAAUCGAAGCGUCAGGGAAAAACAGAAGACACCUUCAGCAUCCAAGGGUCCUUCAAGAAACUGGACAUUGAUUAAAAUUAUAAAUAUUAAAAAAAAAAAAACCACUCCAUAAUAGCAAAACUUUCCAGAAUUGGUAAUUUCAAGGAAAAAUGUAAACUAUACGAAUAAUGUUACAAGUAAUUUAAGCUUGAAAAAUGUAUCUGACUUUUUGAGCAGAGAGCAUCUAUAUAACUAUACUUGGUUACUGUAAUAAUAAUAUUAGUAUUAGAAAAUAAAUAUUUUUAGUUUUUAUAA